CGACUGAGCCGGGGGUAACAAUUCCGCAUUUUGAAACCAAAACCUCCCGAACCCAGACACCUUUCCGAUAAACCCCGUUGUUGUGGUAUCAUUCCCAAAUUCCUCUUACACUCUCAGUCUCAUCUACACUGCAAAAUCUCCAUGAAAACUUGACCUUUUUUAUCUCUAACUUUCUCUCCCAAUUCCUCCAUUUUGCACAAAACUUUUCAAUUCCCUUAUGUUCCCAUCAUGUCCUUCUUCUUCAAACUCCAUUGUUACUCCCCUUCAAUCAAUCCCACAUUACACUUCAUUCCCACUCUUAACUCACCACCCCCAUAAAAGAAAAUUCUUAACAUCCUCCACCAAAUUUGCAGUAAAAAAAUCAUACCCAUGUAGCUCUAUCCUCUUUUUUAGGAGAAAUUCAGUUGGGGUUUGCUUCUCUAGUAAUUUCGAAGAUUCCCAAGUGUUUAAUUCUAGUAUUGUUUCGAAUAGUUUUGAUCGAAAAGAUGGUUUUUUUAGCUGUAUAUCGAAGUCAAUUGCGUUUACAUUGUUUUUGAUUGUAAUUGGGAUGUGUCCAAUUGGUGGGAAUCAACAUCCUGCUAUUGCCUUGCCUGUAAUUAGUGAUUUGUUAUGGAGAAGGAAGGGGAAAAUUGUGAAAGAAGAGCCCACAUUGGUGUCGUGGAGCGAGCACGAGUAUUCGGGGCAUACACAGAGGUUGUUAGAGAGUGUUUCAGGAGUGUUGAAGGUGAUGAAGGAAGUUAGGGAUGGGGAGAGUGGUAUUAAGGAUUUAGAGGUUGCUUUGAAGGAGGUUAAGUUGAAGAAAUAUGAGAUACAAAGUGAGAUAAUGAGUAGGCUUUUUGCUGAAGUGAGGAAGUUUGGGAAGAAGAAGGAGAAGUUGAUUGAGAGAGCAGAUAAAGUACUUAUUGCUGUAUUGAAUGCGAAAAGGGAGCAGGACAAGCUGUUGAUUAGCCUGAGAGUUACUCGUGGCGAUGAUCCUGAGGAUGAGAAUGUUAGAGAAAGGAUUGGUAGGUCAGUGGAGAGGUUGGAUAAUGGUGAGAAGGAAUACAAUGAGCUGCAGGAGAAGCUUGAGGAGAUUGAGGAGCAGAAGUCGAGGAUGGAGACCAUGGUGUUUAGUAUUGGUGUGAGGGAGCUUUCGUUUAUCGAGAAGGAAUGCGAGCUCUUGGUCCAGAGGUUUAUUCUAGAGAUUAGGCAUAAUGCAAGUCCAGGCGAAACUUCUUCUGUAGCACAUUCUAGGAAUGAUAUACAGAAAGGCUUAGAAGCUGCUCAAAGAGAACACUUGAAACAGAUGGUGUUGCCUGGGGUGGUGGAGUUUGAUGAUGCUCUUGGGCCUCUCUUUGAUAGGGAGCAAAUGAACUUUGCACUACGAGUAAAGCAAACCCUUAAAGAAUCAAAAAAUCUGCAAAGAGAAUUGGAGGCUCGUAUCCGCAAAGAUAUGAAGAAACAUGGGGAGGAGAUGCGUAUUAUUCAGAAUACACCGGAGGGCGAGAUUUUGAAAGGUUUUCCAGAAGUUGAAUGGAAAUGGUUGUUUGGUAAUAAAGAGGUUGUGGUCCCUAAGGCUGUAAGCAUUCACUUACAUCAUGGAUGGAAGAGAUGGCGAGAAGAUGCAAAAGCAAAGUUAAAAAAAAGUGUGUUGGACGAUGUCGAUCUUGGUAAACAAUAUGUGUCUAAGAUACAGGAGCGCAUUAUAAUGGAUCGCGACAGAGUGGUUUCCAAGACAUUUUACAACGAGGAGAAAAAACGGUGGGAAAUGGACCCCAUUGCAGUUCCAGGUGCAGUCUCCAAGAACCUUGUGCAGUAUGCUCAAAUAAGGCAUGAUUGGGGGGCCAUGUACAUUGGAUUGAAGGGCGAGGAUAAGGAAUUUUAUGUUAACUUGCAGGAAUAUGAACUUCUGUUUGAAGAUUUUGGAGGGUUUGAUGAAUUGUAUAUCAAAAUGCUAGCAUCUGGUGUUCCAACUGCUGUACACCUUAUGUGGAUUCCAUUGUCAGAGUUAAAUAUCUAUGAGCAAUUUCUUUUGGUAGCAAGAUUUACUUAUCUAAGCUUUGAUUCCAUAUGGAACAACCCAAUCGUCUCUCAUGGUAGAAAGUUAAUGUGGGAGGAAAUAGUAAACACCAAUGAUGACAUAAUGACGGUUUUUGUGUUUCCAAUCAUGGAGUUUAUAAUACCUUAUCCGGUGAAAAUAAGGCUUGGAAUGGCCUGGCCCGAGGAAAUAGAUCAGAGUGUUGGCUCAACAUGGUACUUGGAAUGGCAAUCUAUGGCGGAUAUUAGUUUUAGAUCGAGGAAAUUAGGAACUCUCCGGUGGUACUUUUUGUUUAUCGUCAAAAGUGUCAUAUAUGGAUAUGUAUUGUAUCACACGUUUCGAUUUAUGAGGAGAAAGAUCCCUGGGUUACUUGGCUAUGGGCCUUACCGCCGAGAUCCAAAUUUUCGGAAGCUUCGGAAAUUGGUAUGGUAUAAUAGAUAUAAGAGGCAGAUAAUUUUAAGUAAGAAGAGAGCUGGGGUGGAUCCAAUUAAAACUGUGUUUGAUAAUAUGAAGAGAGUGAAAAAUCCACCAAUACCAUUAAGCGAAUUUUCAAGUGUCGAGUCUAUGAGGGAGGAGAUUAAUGAAGUUGUGGCAUUUUUACAAAAUCCAAGUGCAUUUCAGAAGCUGGGAGCUCGUGCACCUCGGGGUGUUCUUAUUGUUGGUGAGAGAGGGACUGGGAAAACCUCCCUUGCAUUGGCUAUUGCUGCAGAAGCCAGGGUGCCUCUUGUUGAGGUCAAAGCACAGCAGUUGGAAGCUAGACUCUGGGUUGGGCAAGGUGCUUCCAAUCUCAGAGAAUUGUUUCAGACAGCACGAGACUUGGCACCUGUGAUCAUAUUUGUGGAGGAUUUUGACCUGUUCGCUGGUGUCCGUGGCAAAUUCAUCCAUACAAAAAAGCAGGAUCAUGAGGCUUUUAUCAAUCAAAUGCUUGUGGAGCUUGACGGGUUUGAGAAGCAAGAUGGAGUCGUUUUGAUGGCUACUACAAGAAAUCUGAAUCAAGUUGACCAAGCUUUACGCCGUCCUGGUCGGAUGGAUAGAAUCUUUAAUCUUCAGCGUCCAACUCAAGCAGAAAGAGAGAAGCUGUUGCGCACUGCUGCUAAAGGAUCUAUGGAUCCUGAAGUUGUGGAUUUUGUGGAUUGGAGAAAGGUGGCUGAGAAAACAGCUCUUCUACGCCCUAGUGAGCUGAAACUUGUCCCCAUGGCUUUGGAAGGUAGUGCUUUCAGAAGCAAGUUUCUUGACAAAGAUGAGCUGAUGAGCUACUGUAGCUGGUUUGCGACUUUCGGUGUUUUUAUCCCUAACUGGCUGAGGAAAACAAAAGCUGCAAGAAAGAUAAGCAGUGUGGUCGUGAACCAUUUGGGACUGGCAUUGACAAGAGCAGAUAUGCAGAAUGUCGUUAAUCAAAUGGAACCAUAUGGUCAGAUUAGCAAUGGAAUUGAAAUGUAUACUCCUCCAAUUGAUUGGACAAGGGAGACAAAGUUUCCGCAUGCUGUAUGGGCUGCUGGUCGUGGUCUCAUUGCGCUUCUUUUGCCGAACUUUGAUGAUGUUGAUAAUAUAUGGCUUGAGCCCCGUGCGUGGGAGGGAAUUGGAUGUACCAAAAUCACUAAAUCUAAAAAUGGAGGCUCUAUGAACGAAAAUGUAGAAACUCUAUCAUAUCUGGAGAAAAAGCUUGUCUUUUGCUUUGGAUCACAUGUUGCGUCACAAUUGCUACUUCCGUUUGGGGAUGAAAAUAUGCUGUCUGCUUCAGAACUGAAGCAGGCACAGGAGAUAGCUACUAGAAUGGUUAUCCAGUAUGGAUGGGGACCUGACAACAGUCCUACAGUUUACCACCAUGGAGAUGCGGAUACCGCUUUAAGCAUGGGAAACAAGUACGAAUACGAAAUGGCUGCUAAAGUUGAGAAGAUGUACUAUUUGGCAUAUGAUAAAGCUAAAGAUAUGCUGCAGAAAAAUCAAUUGGCACUGGAAAAGAUUGUUGAUGAAUUGCUUGAGUUUGAAAUUUUGACAGGAAAGGAUUUGGACAGAAUUAUUGAAAGCAAUGGCGUAAUUCGAGAGAAAGAGCCUUUUUCCCUGUUGAGGGUUUAUGAUCAUGAGCCCUUGUCUGUCAGGUAUCUAGAUGAUGAUGGCAGUGCAUCAGAAACUGCUCUUCUAGGUGCAGCAACUUAGGAGACUGUUGUCAGUGUUGCAGUUGACUACUUCGCGACACAGCUAAAAGUCUCUCUUUCAUCAGAGGAUGAUGCUUCAAAUGGGGAGUGAGUGAAAAUUGCUGGACUUCUCAGUGCAUUAAUUUAUACAGCAUAAUUUGCUACGCGUCAGAGAUCAUUGUACAUAUACAUAGCUUCAAAAUCAAUAGUGUCAGUUUUUCUUUGUUUUUUUCUCCCAAUCAUCGUGUACAAAAAUUGGCCCAAGUUAAGUUGAGCUCAGAAUUUUGUAAGCAAUUCAGCCUCAUACACUAUGAAAUUUUUUGAUCUUGAAAGCAGAAAGGUAAGAUGCCGUCAAAGAUA